AUGUUUAGACAACCACCACGUUCAGAUUCUGAAUUCUGGAAGCUCGUUCAACAAUAUGGAAUUGAUGAUGCAUCGAACAAUAUAAAAGAUGGAUCAACCGAGCCUGUUGAUGGCAUUGACGGUGAAGUUAUUAAUAUAGUUCAUAAAUUAUCUGAUGAUGUUGUUUCGAAUCAAUCAACUCAUAUCUCAUCAUCACAAAGUAGAUGUAAUCUCAUUGGUAAAACCGCCACGGAUAACUGCUUAGCUACUGCGAAUAAAAAUAUGAAUAAAUAUCAAGAGAACAUUAAAGAAUUAACAAACAGAUUCAAUUUAAAUGAUUGUGUUGGAAUUCCCAUUCAUACGGUUGACAGAACAAACACUGAUCCUAAAUAUUUGCCAUGUUUAAUUUUUGAAAAAAUUGAAAAAGACAACAAUGUUUUAUAUAAAUUAGUUUGUCCAUAUGGUAAAUUAGAAAAUACUUUUUCUGCUGAAGAUAUAAUCGAUUUAAAAUCAGCUUGUCCAGAAGAAUUAAAACAACUAGUCAUCGAUGAAUUAAAAUAUAUUAAAAUAAUUGAAGCAUGUAAACUUUUUGCUCGUGGAUCGACAAGCGAACGCACAUGUGACACUGAAAAGGAAAAUGUGCCAGUAAACAAUGUCCACGUAAAAAAGCAAGGUUUUUUUGCUCGACUAAAUGUCAUUCUACACUAG